AUGCUGUCUGCAAGAGGAGCGCUUAGGAGAAAUCUUGCUAGCUUCUCAAAGAUCCCAAAUGUUUCCAAGGAUUUCCAGACGAGGAUGCCCCCAUACACCAAGUUGUUAACCAACUUAACAAAAGUCAAAGAAAUUACAGGUAACACUCCGCUGACCUUAGCGGAGAAGAUCCUUUACUCGCAUUUGACAAACCCAGAAGAGUCAUUAUCCAGUAGUGUGCCGCUGAGCGAUGUUCGUGGUAAGCAGUACUUGAAAUUGUCCCCGGACAGAGUAGCAAUGCAAGAUGCCUCUGCUCAAAUGGCCAUGCUGCAGUUUAUGACUACUGGGCUUGCACAAACAGAGGUGCCAGCAUCUUUCCAUUGUGACCAUUUGAUCGUAGGGAAAGACGGUGAGGCUCCCGAUUUGAAGCAGUCUUUGGUAACAAACAAGGAAGUUUUCGACUUCCUAGAAUCUUGUGGUGAGAAAUAUGGUAUCACUUUUUGGGGCCCAGGUUCCGGUAUCAUUCAUCAGAUCGUCUUGGAAAACUACAGUGCUCCUGGGCUGAUGAUGCUCGGCACGGACUCGCACACUCCAAAUGCAGGUGGACUGGGUGCCAUCGCUAUCGGUGUUGGUGGUGCUGAUGCCGUCGAUGCCCUAACGGGGACACCUUGGGAAUUGAAAGCUCCAAAAGUGAUGGGUGUUCGUUUGACAGGUAAACUGAGCGGCUGGUCCGCCCCCAAGGACGUCAUUACCAAGAUUGCUGGUGAAUUGACUGUAAGGGGUGGUACUGGAUACAUCAUCGAAUACUUUGGCGAGGGGGUCGAAACUUUGUCCUGUACAGGGAUGGCUACAAUCUGUAACAUGGGUGCGGAAGUAGGUGCUACUACCUCUACAUUCCCUUACCAAGAAGCCCACAGACGUUACUUGAAGGCUACUGGGAGAAAACAAAUCGCGGAUGCCGCAGACGUUGCUCUUGGAGAAUACGGUUUCUUGAAACCAGAUGAAGGCGCUGAAUACGAUAAAGUUUUGGAAAUCAAUCUUUCCGAGUUGGAACCUCACAUCAACGGUCCUUAUACCCCGGAUCUGUCAACUCCAAUCUCCAAGUAUGCAGAGACUUCCAAAAAGGAAAACUGGCCACAGAAUAUCUCGGUCGGGUUGAUUGGGUCUUGUACAAACUCGUCUUACCAGGACAUGUCGCGUGUCAUUGAUUUGGUGAACCAAGCCUCCGCUGCUGGAUUGAAACCUAAAAUUCCAUUUUUUGUCACCCCUGGUUCCGAACAAAUUAGAGCAACUCUGGAGAGAGACGGUAUAAUUAAAAAAUUCAAGGACAACGGGGCCAUAGUGCUAGGUAACGCGUGUGGUCCAUGUAUUGGCCAAUGGGAUAGACAGGAUAUUCCAAAAAAGUCCCAGGAAAUUAACUCCAUUUUCACCUCUUUUAACAGAAACUUCAGGGCAAGAAAUGACGGUAAUAGAAACACAAUGAAUUUCUUGACCUCUCCUGAAAUUGUCACUUCCAUGAUCUACUCCGGUAGUGCCCAAUUCAAUCCAUUGACUGACUCGAUCAAAACCGAUAAAGGUGAACUAUUCAAAUUCAGUCCACCAAGAGGAGAAGAACUACCUUCGAAAGGAUUUGAACAUGGUAGAGACGAAUUCUAUCCAAAGCCUGAUCCAAAGCCCGAUUCUUCUGUCGAAAUUAAGGUAUCCCCGACUUCAGACCGUUUGCAGCUGUUAGAACCAUUCAAAGCUUGGGACGGUAAGGAAUUGAAAACCAAUGUCUUACUAAAGGUGGAAGGGAAAUGUACCACUGAUCACAUUUCAGCCGCUGGUGUUUGGUUGAAGUACAAGGGUCACUUGGAAAACAUUUCUUACAACACAUUGAUUGGUGCUCAGAAUAAGGAAACCGGCGAGGUGAACAAGGCCUACGACCUGGACGGAAAAGGAUUUGAUAUCCCAGGUUUGAUGAUGAAGUGGAAGAACGAAAAUAGACCUUGGACUGUUGUAGCUGAAGACAACUACGGUGAAGGUUCAGCUAGAGAGCAUGCUGCCCUAUCACCUAGAUUUUUAGGCGGUAGAAUAAUUUUAGUUAAGUCCUUUGCUAGAAUUCACGAGACUAACUUGAAGAAGCAAGGUAUGCUGCCUCUUACAUUUGCAAAUGAAGCUGACUACGAUAAGAUUUCAGCUGGUGAUGUACUAGAAACAGUUAAUCUUGCUGAUAUGAUUGCCAGGAACGGUGAUAAUGGAGGAGAGAUUGACGUCAAAAUCAUCAAGCCAGAUGGGAACUCAUUCACAAUUAAGGCGAAACACACCAUGUCUAAAGACCAAAUAGAUUUCUUCAAGGCAGGUUCUGCAAUCAACUAUAUUGGCCAACAGAAAAGGGAAAAGACCUGA